AUGUAUAAAGUUGAUUGGAAUUAAGUUCCUGACAUUGCUAAGCUUGAUGACGAGGAGAUGAGAAAGUUGAAUAAGAGAAAUAAAUUUCAUAAUCUACCUUAGAAUCAAUGGUUUAAGAGCAGGUAUUCUGAUAAGGUGAAACCACAAUAUCUGUUUUACCCAGAGGAGCGAAGAAUUCAGAUGGAAUUGAAACAAAUAUUUAAUGUAUUUGACUACAAUGAUUCGAAGACUUUGGAUAUUGCUGAAAUGUUCCUCAUGUUUAAGCAUUUUGGUUUCGAAGUCAGUAAGAAUGAUCUCAAAGUGAUUUACUCCUACAUUGAUUAGGACAGAGAUUGGGCUCUAAAUUACUAGGAGUUUAAAGCAUUUACUGAAAAUCCGUCUGCUUUGAAAGCAUUUAGAAAUAUGAUGACUAAGAUGUAAAAUACACUGCAAUUGAAUGCAAUUGAAAAUAAGUACGUCCCAUUGAGUGUUGGAGCCAUGCUGACUUUCCUGUCAUACAUGAUAAGGAGGGAAUAAUACAUCAACAUAUUAUGUGAUAAAACCAUAAUGGACUCGGAAAAGAAGUACGAGGCUUUUCGUAAUCUGAUAAUCACAAAAGAGAAGAAGACCGUAGUUGAUGACGCCUAUGACUUGUACAUAAAGGCUCAAUAUAAAUUGAUGAAUGCCAAAUUGAAAUCGAAUUCCUCCCUUAAACAAUUGGAAAUCAAAUUAUAGCAACCGAGAUAUAACAUGUCAUUGAGUACAGUGCCUGGAUUGUAGCCUCAAUUAUUCAGGAAUAUGUCAAUGAGGGAUGUGGAUAACAUCAGACAAUUAACUAAAGUAGUUAGAUUGUAAACUUAAAUAGAAAUCAAAUCAUACAAUAGCAUCAAGUAAAUCUUAGAUGAGAGUGAUGUCUCUGAUGAAGAAUUCUCAUAAAAGGAGAGUGAUUUGCAGAAACUCUUAGUUAAAGCCCAAAAUCAUGGUAAACAAUAAGCUCAAGUGGUGAUCACACAGAGAAGCAAGGAUUAUCACAACAAAUCGUAAGUCAGUCUCUUGAGUUUGGAGUAAGUCGACGAGGAAGUGCCGAGAAUGCGAUUUCAAUUGAAAUAACAAAAGUCAGUGCCUACUCAACAGUUCCUGAGAAGACAGAUCAGAGUCAAUAAGUACGAGUAAUCCUUUGAUUCGACCUCUCUGAAGUACCACCAACUUGAUCGAACUCCUCAUCAAACCACUUUGGCAUCCAAUGAUUUGCCGUCAAAUGAUAGUGCUCUUUUCUCUAAUCGGCCUUUAAAGCUACCAUAACUUUUGUGA